AAGCCAUUAGUAUUUCCAGUUCAUGUGAUUUCAACAGAACAGACGGUGGACUUUCCAAGGCAGGCGAGAUACUCAUACAAGAUUGCUCGAAAUCGGUAUGGGUCAGUGAGAACCCGCGGCACUCAUAUUAUUGUUAAUUACAAUUUUGUUUACAAUGUUAGUGAGAAGUCUUUUCAUUCUAAUCGUGAUAAUACAGGUUUUAAACGCAGAUGACAAUUGUCGAACACCCGAUAAUGAAGAGGGCGAUUGUAAACCAAUCAACAAAUGUCAACCACUGUACUCCCUCUUAGAAAGGCGUCCAAUUACAGCUAGCACUGCCGAUUAUCUUCGCCGAUCUCAAUGUGGUUUUGUCGGUACUUACCCCAAGGUAUGUUGCCCUGUUGGACGAACAACUGUAACUACAAACCCUCCACCAGUUGUAGAAGGACCGACUGAAAAUACAGAUGUUGAAUCGGUGUCUAGUAAUUUACUUCCUGGGGGUGACGUUUGCGGUUUGAACACUCAAAGUAGGAUCUAUGGUGGAGAGAAAACAGAUUUGGAUGAAUUUCCUUGGAUGGCUUUGAUUGAAUACGAAAAACCCGGAGGUAGUCGAGGUUUCUACUGCGGUGGUGUUUUAAUCAGUAAGAAAUACGUGUUAACGGCGGCUCAUUGCGUCAAAGGGAAAGACUUGCCAAAGACGUGGAAACUAGUAAGUGUUCGCUUGGGCGAAUACAAUACUGAAACUGACCAAGACUGCAUCAAUAAUGGUUUUGGUGAGGACUGUGCUCCACCACCAAUCAACGUCCCUGUGGUUGAAAGAAUAGCACAUGAAAGCUAUGACCCUAAUGACGUGAACCAAUAUCACGAUAUAGCCUUGCUAAGGCUGAAACGCACUGUAACAUUUUCAGAUUACGUUCGACCCAUUUGUUUACCAACAUCAAAUGAAGAGCUUCGCAGAUCAUACAUCGGUCAAAAAUUGUUUGUAGCUGGCUGGGGCAAAACUGAGAACAGAUCAGAGAGUAAUAUCAAGCUCAAAGUUCAGAUUCCCGUUAAACAAACUUCCGAGUGUAGCUCUACAUACAGCGUUGCUAACGUGAGACUGGGUCCAGGACAGAUGUGUGCUGGUGGUGAGAAAGGCAGGGAUUCUUGUAGAGGCGAUAGUGGUGGUCCAUUGAUGACCGUCAUAAGGGACAAGAAUAAAGACGACCAUUGGUAUGCAGCAGGAGUUGUUUCAUUUGGACCGUCGCCGUGUGGAAUGGAAAAUUGGCCAGGAGUUUACACCAAAGUUUCUAAAUAUGUUAAUUGGAUUGUUAAUAAGUUAAAACCUUAUCCUAGUUUUUUAACCAACAAAAGCACAAAAACGAAAAUUAAAAUAAAUAUGAAUAAUUAUACAAAUCAUAGUGACAGUGCGUCUGUAAAAACUUUUGUUCUUUUAAAUGUAUUUGUAGCUGUUAUUGCUGUGGUAGUUGCGUGUACUACACCAAGGGGUGAGCAUGGCGAUUGCAGAUCCUUAAAUCACUGCGAACCAUUACGCACUAUCUUGGAGCGUCAUCCCAUAGCAAAAAACGACAAUGAAUACCUCAUUAAAUCUAUAUGUGGAUACGAAGGACUCUGGCCAAAGAUGUGCUGCCCAUCCGUCGUUCCUGAGAAAAAGUUGUUGCUUCCUGAUAAAGAUCACUGCGGUGUUUUUACUGCAAGCAGGAUUUUUGGGGGAAGAGAAACAGAAAUAAACGAAUUUCCUUGGGUGGCCUUACUGGAGUACCAAAAACCAAAUGGUAAGCGAAAAUUGUAUUGUGGUGGAGUCUUGAUCAGUGAGAAAUACGUUUUGACGGCGGCGCAUUGUGUGAAAAGGAAAGUUAUGUCAAAUGCAAAAUUAGUGGCAGUUCGAUUAGGAGAGUACAACACCACAUCUAACCCUGAUUGUAUCGGUUUUGGUAGUAAAGAGGUUUGUGCACCACCACCUGUGACUAUUGAUGUGGAAGAAGAAAUAGCACACGAAAAUUUUAACCCCAAUGAUAUUAAUCAAUAUGAUGAUAUAGCACUUUUACGACUGAAGGAGUCUGUGAACGUUACAGAUUUCAUCAAACCCAUCUGUCUUCCAACCACCACUGAAGAACUCAAUAAAACAUAUACAGGGCGCAAGCUUACUGUUGUUGGUUGGGGUGUUACAGAAAGUGGUUAUGAAAGUAAUAUAAAACUCAAAGUUCAAGUACCAGUAAAAAGAACUUCCGAUUGCAUUUCUGUAUAUCAAGAAUACAAUAUAAGUUUGGGUGUUGGGCAGAUUUGUGCAGGUGGUGAAAAAGGAAAAGACUCUUGUCGGGGUGAUAGUGGAGGACCUUUGAUGGGUGCUAGUGUUGAUAAAGAAGGAGACGUUCAUUGGUACAUUGUUGGAAUAGUAUCUUUUGGGCCAGUACCUUGUGGAAUGGAACAUAAACCUGGUGUUUAUACCGUGGUUGCCAAAUAUAUGGAGUGGAUCAUCAGCAAGUUGAAGCCAUAGCUGGAAACAAUGGAAAUUUACGACAAAAACUUUUGUAGAUAAUAGGAAAAAUGGUUUAAUCUCAUAAAAACUUGAUAUUGUACUUAUGUAAUUUACAAUUGUUGUUUCAAAUAUUUGUGUGAGAAGUGAAAAAUAAAAACACCUAA